AUGAUCGCCCACGCCAUGCGACAAGCUCGCCAUUGCCGGCCGCUUCUCACCAUCCUCGCUGCUCUCUCGGUGCUAUGUCUGAUCUGGCUCAUUUACCCACCCUACAGCUCAUUCUCUUGGCCCGAUGUAUCUCCCGAGCCCUCACCACAGCGCAUCGCCAAGGUGUCGAUGCUGUACGGGAGGCCUAACCGGCUGUACGAGAGAGCGCUGCAGAGCCACACCCGACACGCCCAGCGCUGGGGAUACCCCAUGCACAUCCUGCGGGAGGAUAUCUCCGUGGGGUUCUGGAAUAAACCGAGCUAUCUUCUUUCGCUCGUGAUUGGUGAGCUGGCAAAGCCACCGGGGAAAAGGGUGGAGUGGCUGAUGUGGGUGGAUGCAGACUCGAUCAUCCUCAAUGGCGCUAUUCCCGCCGACCUGUUCAUCCCCCCAAGUGAUCUGAAGGAUAUCCACCUCGUCGCGACCAAAGAUCACAAUGGCUUGAACACCGGCAUCAUGUUCCUGCACAUCCACCCGUGGACGAUCAACAUGCUCGUCGAGAGUCUGGCAUACCCUCUGUAUCUCCCCAACGAAACUCUCGGUCGGUCGAUGGACCAAGAGAGUAUGGCCCGCGUACUGAAUCAAACGACAGGAGGUCCCAAGGGGGAGGGAUACGUCGAUGGAUUGGUAUAUGUGCCGCGAACAUGGAUCAACACCUACGAAUGGACGCACGCCUACGAAGGAAAGAGAGGAAAUCUACUCGUGCAUUUCCCCGGACUCGAGGAGCAUCGAUGGUCGCAUAUGUCCAAAUGGCUGGAUAUCGUGGAAAUCACGCCGACCCGGUGGGAAGUGCCGCUGGAGGAGACACAAUACCUGAACGAGACCACGGCUUUCUGGACAAGGGUUCGGACGGCGAUGGAGACGAUGGCGCUGAUGGAGAAGAAGAUUGACGCAAUGCCAAACAAAACAGAUAGCCAGAGGGGAGAGAUCGAGAGGAUCGAUGUGGCUGUGAGGGCGUUACGAAAGGCUCUUCACGAAGAGGCGGACAAUGUGGGGAUGGUCCAAGAACGGCUUGAUUAUCUGAGUAUGUUCAAACAAUAA